AUGCCGCUUCAUCUACUGGGCAAGAAGUCAUGGAAUGUCUACAACCAAGACAAUAUCGACCGAGUGCGCCGCGACGAAGCCGACGCACAAGCCAGAGAGGAUGAAGAGGAUAGGCGUCACCAACUUGUUGAUUCAGAGAGAAGACUGAAGUUGUUACGCGGACAUGAGGUCGAUGACCUGCCACUCAAGGAGAAGUCUCCACUUCCUGUCAGCCGUAAGGAUGACCAUGGCCACGGCCGCAAACGACGACGAAUUGCAGGAGAAGAUGACACCGACCGUGAUAUGCGACUUGCUACAGAAGUGGCUGCUCUACAAGCAAGAACAUCGGGUGCUUUACGAACGUCAGACGAGCCGCUUACAGAUUCACAAGGACAUAUAGACCUCUUCACAUUGAGAUCACAGCACAAGGAGAAAAAUGCAGAGGCGGAAGCCGAGCGAGCGAAGAAGAAGCGAGAGUAUGAGGAUCAAUAUACCAUGCGAUUCUCCAAUGCAGCAGGUUUCAAGCAGGGUCUGAACACUCCGUGGUAUUCGACCGCUAGCCAAACCGAUGCAGAAAUCCCAGGUAAAGAUGUCUGGGGCAACGACGACAUAGGCAGGAGGGAGCGAGAGAAGAUGAGGGUCAACGCUAAUGACCCUCUCGCAGUAAUGAAAAGAGGUGUCAAGCAGCUACGAGACGUGGAAAAGAGCCGCAGCAACUGGAAGGCAGAACGUGAAAGAGAAUUGCAAGAGAUGAAAUCGCUGGAGCAAGAGGAUUCCUCUAGUAGAAGGAAACGCAAGCAACGACGACGGCAUGGGGACGACUUCGACGACUUCGACGAAUUCAGCUUGGACAAAUCGUCCAGAGAGCAUCAAAUUCAAGACAGGCACCAUAAACUACAUCGGCAUAGACAUCAUAGCAAGAGCCGACAUCAAAGUUGA